AUGCUCGCUCGGUAUGGCCAUGAGGCCCCCUCACAACGCUCAGCGUCGCCAUCACUCUCGGCGUCGCUGUCCCUGUCCGAGAGCAUCGACCUCGACAUUGUCGGCGACAUUCUCGCACGGGCACGCGACGCGACUUCAUUUGCCCAGGUGCAUGAUGCAUACAGCCAUGUCCUCGAGGAGAACGGCAUUCGUCCCUCCUCCGACAAGGCAUACUACCAGUUCCUCCUGAAGCUCGGCAUGAUCCGCGCUCGGACGUGGGGAGAGCGGUGGGACGUUUGGCAGGAGACGAACGCGCCGCGGGUGGCCAAACCCGCCCACAAGUCCAAGAAGAAUGUUACUGUGCGAAGGCCGAACCCGAUGCGCGAGCGCGUUCCGUUUCUCGCCAGCGCAAGCUCGGACCUCGACGAAGGGUUCGCCUCCGAGUCGGACGCCGGCAGCGAGGCCACGCCGCGCGAGUCUCCGCGCAAGACGAUCGAGGACAGCUUGCGGUCAUUAGUUGGGUACACGCCGGACAACUCGGGCAUGAGCAGCGAGCUCUACCCACCUCCCAUGCGCACGUCGACCCCUGUGCAUGCUCAGGACUUUGACUGGUACGGCAUCACGUCGCGUUCGCGCGCCAUGACUCCGACGCCGCCACCCUAUUCCGAGUCCGAGGCCAACUCGACCAUCAUCUCAUCCCCGAUCAAGGCCAGAGUGCUGGAUGGCAUGGUGACGCCCAAGGCACGUCAGGUGCUGGUUUCUAUCGACGACGAGCUGGACGCGGCCAUCGUGCGCGAGAUGGAGCGUCGAGCAGACACCUUCCAUCGUCUCGGCCUGCUCGGCCGCUGCUGGGGAGCAUGGUCCCAGUCGGCCGCAUGGAUUCAGCGCACGACAAGCCAGAUUGACAGUGUCCGCGACACCAUCCUGCUCCGCCAGUCGCUAGCCAAGUGGCGUACCAUCCACGAGUUCCGCCUCACCCAACCGGGCACGGCGGACGCACACUAUGCGCACAAGAAGCAGCAGGAGGUCAUUGACCGCUGGCUGGCACGUCUCCGGGACCGCCGUCUGGAGAAACUGGAGCAGCAGUAUGGUGUUGAUCGCGAGACGGACGCCAAGAGACGUGUAUGGAGGACUUGGCGGACCAAGCACGUUCAGAUCCAGACACGGCGCUGGGAGGACGAUUUGAAGAAGAGAGAGGCGGUGGCCGUGCAACACCUCAACCGCAACAGCCUGAGAAGGACGUUUGACACCGCAGAUCGGCACUACGCGCACACCACAGUGCGGGCGGCAUUCGUAUCGUGGAGGAAGCAGGCCAACCACGCACGCCUCCUGGGUAACAAUCUCGAAGCCUGGGAGCGCCAUAAAGCUGCCCAGACGCUCGUCCAGACUUUUGACCUGUGGUUCAAGCAGGCGUCGCUCCGUCCAUUGGAGGACACCACAGUCAAGCGACAAGAGCAUCAGCUGAUGUUGAGCGUGUGGUCCCAGUGGCAGGUCUCCACGACUGUUGCGGCAGACAACUUCCGCGAACGCCAGCUUCUCAAGAGUGCCAUGUCUCGCAUCAAGGUGUCCAUCCGCAAGACCACGACGCGGGAACACCUAGCAGACCACGUCGUGGCGGUGCGUGACCUCGCCCUUGUGCGCAAGACGUUCAACACUUGGGCUUGCGAGGAUCGCGGACGCCUGCUCGGGCGUGUGCUGGCUACCCGUCGACUUCGCGGCGCCUUCAACCAGUGGCACUCUAAGCGGGCACGACUGGAUGAUCUGGAAGCCAAGGCUACAGAGUUCCUGGCCACGUCCGACACCAAGCAUCUCCACUCGGCCCUCUCCAGCUGGCGGGAUGUGUUGGGCCAAAAGCGCAACGCUGCACUCAAGGCCGACCUCAUCUUUGAAGCGCGGACUAAGCAAGGCCUGUUUGGCAAAUGGCAAGGUGCAACCACCAAGCUCACCGACGACAUGGUCACAGCCGACAAGGCGCACGCAUUCUUCGCCGUCCGCAUGUCGUUCAAGGUGUGGCGUAUCGCGCUUGCCCACAAGCGUCAAGCUGCGCUUGUCGAGAAGAAGCGCAAAGCCGACCUGAGGACCGUGCUGCAUGCAUGGCGCGACGCGACGAUUCACAGCCUCGUCGAUCGCCAGCAGGUCGAGCGUUUCCGCCAGGCCCAAGACACCAAGCUCCUGUCUCGAGUCCUCGGGCACUGGACCGAACGCGUCGUCGAGCUCAAGGCGCGGGAGUUGGAUGUGGCGGAGCAGCGCGACACGGCUCUCGUCGGCGAAGCAUUUGCGCGCUGGAAACGUGCCAGCAAGCGCAAGGCUGACCUCGUCGCCCUGAUGCAGAGCUUCAUCGAUGUGAAGCGAGAGGAGCGUGCAGAGCGCAUGCUGUCGGAGACGUUCUCGGCGUGGCACGACCUGAAGCGCGAGCGCGAGCUGCAUGCCGUCGCGGAGGAGGUCGCCCUGCGAAGUGAGGACACCUUAAUGUUCAACGUGUUUGACAAGUGGACCGCCAAGUCCAGCUUGUUACGUGCCGUCCAGUUUGACAAGCGCCGGCAACAGCGAGCUGUGUUUCCCAAAUGGCGACACGCUCUUGAGCGUACGCGGUACCUCAGACGUAUUGCUGAAGAGCACGAUUUGCGCCUCCUAGCGGAUGGCUUUGCGGUGUGGAAGUCUGCGUACCGUGCCAAGACAGCCAGGCGGCCUGCCCUUCGUGCUCGACGACGACUCACAGGCGAGCGGCGGCUCAGUCAAGAGGUGUCGUCUUCCGACAUUUCUGCUGCCACACCUCGCCGAUCCUUCUCCGCCACCAGUGUGAGGGCUGCUGCUCUUGCGCAAACACCCUCCCCACUCGCUGCUCCAGUUCCCCGGCGGGCCCCAACAUCAGGUGCCGCUUCAGGCAAGUCCGGAGCGUCACCGCUCCCAGGCGUCCGUGUCAGUGUCCAGUGA